AUGACAUCACCAGACGCCCCCGAAGCCCAGCCGGCGGCCAUCAACUACGUCGCCGGCUUCCUCCUCGUCGGCCUGGCGUGGGGCUUCACGACCCCCUUCAUCCGGCGCGCCGCAAAAGAUCACAAUCCGCCCCCGCAUCCCGUCCUCGACACCGACGCCGUCAAGAACAGCUGGCUCCGGAGCCGGGUGUACGGCGCCUUCUUUGGCGUCGUCGACCUGUUGCGGAACCCGCGGUAUGCCGUGCCGCUGCUGAUCAACUUGACCGGCAGUGUUUGGUUCUUCCUACUCAUCGGGCAAGCUGAACUGAGUUUGACGGUCCCCAUCGUCAACACCUUGGCGUUUCUCUUCACUGUCAUUGGAGAUUGGUGGGUCGAGAAGAAGGUUAUUAGUCGAGAAACCUUGGUCGGUAUGCUGUUGUCUCUUUCAGGAAUAGCGUUAUGCGUGCAUAGCAAGACAAAAUAUUGA